AUGUCAAGGAAAAAGGCACUGAAAGGAAAAGGGAGUGCAAGCACUCCGACAGCUUCCCCCAAGAGCGAAAAGGAGAAGGGAAAAAGAGGCAAAGGAAGCGCGGGAGCUCCUACCCAGUCGAACGGAGUGGUCCACCCAACGCGACCUUCUCUAAGCAACAGUGGGGAAUUCUAUGAUGUUGCCUUCAAGGUGAUGCUAGUUGGAGAUUCUGGGGUGGGCAAAACCUGUUUGUUGGUUCGCUUUAAAGAUGGGGCUUUCCUGGCAGGAAGCUUCAUCUCUACAGUAGGCAUUGACUUCAGGAAUAAAGUGCUCAACAUUGAUGGCGUGAGGGUCAAACUACAGAUUUGGGACACAGCGGGACAGGAACGCUUUCGGAGUGUGACACACGCUUACUACCGCGAUGCUCACGCUCUUCUUCUACUAUACGAUGUUACAAACAAAGCUUCCUUUGACAACAUUCAGGCUUGGCUCACAGAGAUCCAUGAGUUUGCCCAGCAGGAUGUGGUGCUUAUGCUGUUAGGUAACAAGGCUGAUGCCACACAUGAAAGGGUUGUGAAGAGAGAGGAGGGUGAGAAACUGGCCAAGGAGUUCGGGGUUGCUUUCAUGGAGACCAGUGCUAAAUCUGGCCUGAAUGUGGAGUUGGCCUUCAUUGCCGUGGCAAAGGAAUUGAAACAUCGUGAGAUGAAGGAGCCUAAUGAGCCAAAAUUUCAGUUGCAAGAGUAUGUCAAUAAGGAGAUGAAGGGCGCUGGCUGCUGCCGCUUCUAAACGCUAAAGAGUAU